AAAUGGAGGAGCUGAAAGCUUUGCUUUAAGGACGUCAAAUGUACAUACAUCACUUUCAUCAGUGUCAUACUGUCAUCACUGAUAAAGGAUAAUAUUAUUGCAAUUUAUUGCAAUUGUAUCGUUGGUCAUCUGGAGGCGGGAGUCAUUAAUUAAAAAAGUAUCGUUGGUCGUAUUGUCUUCCUAUACUUUUUUUACGAGAGACAGGAACCAUAAUAUAGAAGAAAAAGCAAUUUAAUCAUGGAUAGUGGUCAAUCAAAAGACACAGAUUCGCAGUUUAUAUCUUUCCACGAUUUCUCAUCGAUAAGUCAUGCUGGCAACUCCGAAGGACAGCUGGGCACCGGAACCUCCGCUCACCAACCUUUUAAUGACCUUUCAAAUGACUCGGUGGAUAUUGGCAUAAUAGAAGAUUUACAAGGAAUGCCUGCUAAAACCGAAGAUACUGCUCAGCACAACUUCUGGACAAUUGAGUAUUACCAAAAGUUUUUUAAUGUCAACACAAACGACAUCUUGGAGAAGCUCAAGCGUUCUAUGAUACCACAUAGAAGCGAUUAUCUUUUAACGCACAUAAAGCCAAAUCCAGAUUUAUAUGGACCUUUCUGGAUAAGUGUGACUCUGGUGUUUGCUAUUGCGAUUAGUGAGAACAUGGUAAACUAUUUGCAGACUGCUAGUUCUAACAAGUAUCACUGGAGAUAUAAUUUUCAUAUUGUGACAUAUGCAGCCACUAUUAUAUUUCUUUAUGCAUGGAUUGUACCAUUAGGCCUAUGGGGUACACUCAAGUUGACCAACAGAUAUAGUGCAGAAGAAGUGAUUGGGUAUUACGUUCCAGGACUCUUAGAACUUCUGUGUCUGUAUGGAUAUUCCUUAAGCAUUUAUAUUCCGGUAGUUUUCCUGUGGAUAAUUCAAAUUAACUGGUUGCAAUGGAGUCUAGUUAUAUUGGUGACAUUUUUAUCUGGAGGAAUUUUAAUAAGAUCGUUGCUACCAAUACUUGUAGGGGGGCAUAGGAUUAUAUUAUGUGGUUUUACAAUUUUCCUUAUGCAGCUAUUGUUGACAACUGUUUUAAUGCUGCAUUUCUUCUAUACGUCAUCAAAAACUAUUUCUGUCAAUAUGACCGAAUUGAUAACAUCCUCUACGCAGGCCAGUGUGUUGCAUAAAGUAAUACAAAAUAAUAGCUCUAACGUAUCACCAACGACAUUUUGAAAUAUCCAAAUGCAGAUCUGAUAAGAAUUUGAGACUAUUAAGGAAAUUUAUCUAUUCAUGUGUCUGUGUUAGAUUUUAUUUAAAAUACUGUUUUUUUAAUUUAUAUAUCAAUCAAAAUAUAUAGGCACAUGGCGCUAAUCGUGUAGAAUAAUAUUUGAAUGUAGAUUAAUAUAAUACAUAUUAUAACUCUGUAAACUAUGUUAAGAUAAGAAUAAAGAAUAUCGUGGUCCCUUA